AUGACAGCACAAAUGUGUAGUAACACAGUUAGCAAACGUAAAUAUAGUUCCACUAAUAUCGCAAAUGAUCAGAAUUUACACGAUUCUAUUCAGUGCAAUCCAAAGCAAUGUUUUUUAUUUGAUCCAAUGACACAUCCAACACAUAUGCAACUAUUAUCAGCAAAAUCAACAGUCCUAUAUGUAGUAUUAGGUAGUAUCAUACAAAUGACAUUGAUUGGGAUUGGGAUUGAUUGUAUGCAGUAUGGUGUUUCUGCAUUAAAUAUCGAAAACGCACUAUUUAUCAUACAAGUGAUUGUCUAUUAUGUUAUCAAUAUCAUAGCAUCACAUCUUAGUAUGACAUGUCCGAGACUAGCAUUUAUAUUAUUUCACAUUUCGCUGGUUAUACCAUUGACAUUACCUACACGUCGUUCUGUCUACCGCUAUAUACUUGUCAGUGGUUAUACGUUAUCGUCUCUACGGUGGGUUGAACUUCUAAAGCGGCACCAUCAGUGGAACGGUUGGUAUCGAUGUCUGUUAACAAUGUCAUUUUGUGAUAUACGGUAUUGUGAAGUAUUGGUAUUACCAAUGACACAUCAACGACGUGAAACAAUGCUUACUAAAUGGAAACAACUUGUGUGCAAUGCCCUGUUAUGGAUUAGUAUACAUAGUGUUUUAAUCGGGGUGUUGAUAGUAAUUUUACUAUAUCUAUCAGCGUUGCUGAAAUAUGAGAAACUAAAUGUGAUAACAUUUCUAGUGUUAAUGGCAUUCAGAUACAGUCUUGAUUUUGUUACAGUAGUUGAAUCGUUCAGCGCGAUACAUUAUGCAUAUAUACUGAUGUUUAGUGUAUUAGGUGUAAAGGCACAAUGUAUACAGAAUGCACCGCUACAUGCAGCAUCAGUGAGUGAACUAUGGUCAACAAGAUGGAACAGAUAUAUACAGCCAUUGUUGCACAAUCAUAUCUAUACUCCUGUAUACAACAGAACAAAUAACAGACAAUUAGCAGUAUUGACUACAUUUAUGUUCAGUGGUGUGUGGUUGCAUGGUCUGCCAGCAUAUAUUGCCGGUUUAACACUGAAACGAGCAUUGAGUAUUGAAUUAUUCUUUGUUGCACAAGCUCUACUGAUAGCAAUCGAAGAACGGUUGUUUAUACGACCUAUUGCAAACACAUUUCACACACGUACGCGUACAAAAAUUUUAAUGCUUAUCACAUUGCCAUUACUUUUUGAGCCUCUACAUACAUUAUUUCAAAUAUAA